CUUCCCCUAACUCACCAAAAACCCUCCGAUUUCAAAACUGAAAACCCUAGACAAUUAAUUUCAUAGAGACAGAAAGAGAGAGCCUCAACAAUGUCAGGCUUCCCCUUCUCCUCUUCCUCUUCACAAUCCUCUCCUUUCUCCCUUUCCACCGGAUUCUCAUUCGGAUCUUCCUCCGCUCCCUCCACCACCACCACACCCCCUCCCUUCGGCUCCAACACCUCCUCCGCCCCUGCCACCGGAUUCUCAUUCGGAUCUUCCUCCGCUCCCUCCACCACCACCACACCCCCUCCCUUCGGCUCCAACACCUCCUCCGCCCCUGCCACCGGAUUCUCAUUCGGAUCUUCCUCCGCUCCCUCCACCACCACCACACCCCCUCCCUUCGGCUCCAACACCUCCUCCGCCCCUGCCACCGGAUUCUCAUUCGGAUCUUCCUCCGCUCCCUCCACCACCACCACACCCCCUCCCUUCGGCUCCAACACCUCCUCCGCCCCUGCCACCGGAUUCUCAUUCGGAUCUUCCUCCGCUCCCUCCACCACCACCACACCCCCUCCCUUCGGCUCCAACACCUCCUCCGCCCCUGCCACCGGAUUCUCAUUCGGAUCUUCCUCCGCUCCCUCCACCACCACCACACCCCCUCCCUUCGGCUCCAACACCUCCUCCGCCCCUGCCACCGGAUUCUCAUUCGGAUCUUCCUCCGCUCCCUCCACCACCACCACACCCCCUCCCUUCGGCUCCAACACCUCCUCCGCCCCUGCCACCGGAUUCUCAUUCGGAUCUUCCUCCGCUCCCUCCACCACCACCACACCCCCUCCCUUCGGCUCCAACACCUCCUCCGCCCCUGCCACCGGAUUCUCAUUCGGAUCUUCCUCCGCUCCCUCCACCACCACCACACCCCCUCCCUUCGGCUCCAACACCUCCUCCGCCCCUGCCACCGGAUUCUCAUUCGGAUCUUCCUCCGCUCCCUCCACCACCACCACACCCCCUCCCUUCGGCUCCAACACCUCCUCCGCCCCUGCCACCGGAUUCUCAUUCGGAUCUUCCUCCGCUCCCUCCACCACCACCACACCCCCUCCCUUCGGCUCCAACACCUCCUCCGCCCCUGCCACCGGAUUCUCAUUCGGAUCUUCCUCCGCUCCCUCCACCACCACCACACCCCCUCCCUUCGGCUCCAACACCUCCUCCGCCCCUGCCACCGGAUUCUCAUUCGGAUCUUCCUCCGCUCCCUCCACCACCACCACACCCCCUCCCUUCGGCUCCAACACCUCCUCCGCCCCUGCCACCGGAUUCUCAUUCGGAUCUUCCUCCGCUCCCUCCACCACCACCACACCCCCUCCCUUCGGCUCCAACACCUCCUCCGCCCCUGCCACCGGAUUCUCAUUCGGAUCUUCCUCCGCUCCCUCCACCACCACCACACCCCCUCCCUUCGGCUCCAACACCUCCUCCGCCCCUGCCACCGGAUUCUCAUUCGGAUCUUCCUCCGCUCCCUCCACCACCACCACACCCCCUCCCUUCGGCUCCAACACCUCCUCCGCCCCUGCCACCGGAUUCUCAUUCGGAUCUUCCUCCGCUCCCUCCACCACCACCACACCCCCUCCCUUCGGCUCCAACACCUCCUCCGCCCCUGCCACCGGAUUCUCAUUCGGAUCUUCCUCCGCUCCCUCCACCACCACCACACCCCCUCCCUUCGGCUCCAACACCUCCUCCGCCCCUGCCACCGGAUUCUCAUUCGGAUCUUCCUCCGCUCCCUCCACCACCACCACACCCCCUCCCUUCGGCUCCAACACCUCCUCCGCCCCUGCCACCGGAUUCUCAUUCGGAUCUUCCUCCGCUCCCUCCACCACCACCACACCCCCUCCCUUCGGCUCCAACACCUCCUCCGCCCCUGCCACCGGAUUCUCAUUCGGAUCUUCCUCCGCUCCCUCCACCACCACCACACCCCCUCCCUUCGGCUCCAACACCUCCUCCGCCCCUGCCACCGGAUUCUCAUUCGGAUCUUCCUCCGCUCCCUCCACCACCACCACACCCCCUCCCUUCGGCUCCAACACCUCCUCCGCCCCUGCCACCGGAUUCUCAUUCGGAUCUUCCUCCGCUCCCUCCACCACCACCACACCCCCUCCCUUCGGCUCCAACACCUCCUCCGCCCCUGCCACCGGAUUCUCAUUCGGAUCUUCCUCCGCUCCCUCCACCACCACCACACCCCCCUCCUUCGGCUCCAACACCUCUUCCGCCCCUUCCUUGUCCCUUUCCUCCUCUAAUACCUUCACCUCCACUCCCUCUUCCACCCUGUCUGGCUCAUCAGCUUCAACUUCUUCCCCAUUCUCCUUUGCAACAGCCUCAUCCUCCACAAGUACAACUCCAUCCCUGUUUGGCUCUCUCUCUGCCUCCUCCAUUUCCCCUAAUCCCUUGUUUGGCUCCGCUUCUUCUUCUACGGCAAACUCAAGUUCCUCCUUUGGCACAACUACUUCAUCAUCAUCAGCACCCGCUCCUUCGCCUCUGUUUGGAACAAGUACAGGCUCAUCCUUGUUCGGAACAACUUCAUCCUCAGUCUUGUUUGGCUCAACCUCCUCCUCCACAACUUCCGCUACGCCGCUGUUUGGCACAAGCUCACCCUCGCCCUUGUUUGGCUCAACUUCCUCCACAACUACUUCUGCUUCGCCUCUGUUUGGCACAAGUUCACCCUCUCCCUUCUCUGGAUCAACUUCCUCCACAACUACUUCGGCUUCGCCUCUGUUUGGCACACGUUCACCCGCUCCCUUGUUUGGAUCCACUUCCUCCACAGCUACUUCCGCUUCUCCUCAGUUUGGAACGGGUGCCUCUUCUACUCCAUCCUCAUUCGGCACACCUUCAUCCGCAUCAAGUACAGGUUCAUCCUUGUUUGGCAACUCUCUGUCCACCACAAGUUCUGCGCCGUCUCUGUUUGGAUCAUCAUCAUCAUCAUCAUCUACUGCUUCAACCAGCAGCACCACUACUAAUUUGUAUGGUUCUUCAUCUUCUUUCUCUAAUGCAAGCUCUGCUCCAAGCUUCUCUACCGGAUUUUCUUUCCCAAAAACCACUACAGCUUCAGCACCGACUACUGCUAGUACUGCUGCUAUCGCAUCCACGCCAGCUCCUUCAACGACAACUUCUUUCUCGUCUACCGGAUUUUCUUUCCCAAAAACCACUACAGCUUCAGCAACGACUACUGCUAGUACUGCUGCUAUCGCAUCCACGCCAGCUCCUUCAACGACAACUUCUUUCUCGUUUGGGACGCAGCCAUCAGCGCCUUCACAACCUUCAUUAUUUGGCAACGCAGCCUCUUCGUCAUCGGUGAAAUCCACAACUGUAUCGCCGUUGUUUUCUACAGUUACUACUACGACUGCUUCAACUCCAGCUAGUGGUGCUACUGAAGUUACUUCUACUAGUACUAGCAGUACUACUUCGGGGUUGAGUUUGCCUGCAUUUGGUAUGACUUCAGGAACUACAGCUGGGACAGGUGCUGCUGCGGCUUCUUCUGGCUCUGCGGGGUUUUCUUUUUCAGGUUUUCCUUCUGCUACAACUAGUGUGGCUGCGUCUUCAGGGACUACUGCUAGCUCGUUUACUGGAUUUUCAUUGUCCAAUAUAUCACCGGCGCCUACUUCAAAAUCACAAACUCAACCGGCUAGUAGUUCUGCGCCUCUACUCAGUGUCCCUGCUUCAACUGCUGCACCUACAACAACUUCCAGCACUACUGCUCAGACAUCAUCGCUUGGUGUGGCUUCCACUAGUGGGACAAGUUCAAGUGUUAGCACUGCCUUAACUGCUACACCAAAAUUGCCGUCUGAGAUUACAGGGAAGACUGUUGAGGAGAUCAUCAAAGAGUGGAAUGCUGAGCUGCAAGAGCGUACUGGGAAAUUUCGGAAGCAAGCUACUGCCAUAGCUGAGUGGGAUAAAAGGAUCUUGCAAAAUCGUGAUGUUCUUCUUCGGCUUGAGAUUGAAGUGGCAAAAGUGGUUGAGACCCAAGCUAAUUUGGAGCGAAAGUUGGAGUUAAUUGAGACUCAUCAACAGGAGGUUGACAAGGCUUUGCAAAGUAUAGAAGAAGAAGCUGAACGUAUUUACAAGGAUGAGCGUGGAUCGCUUCUUGAUGAUGAAGCUGCAUCGACUAGAGAUGCUAUGUAUGAGCAGGCUGAAUUUAUAGAGAGGGAAAUGGAACAGAUGACAGAACAGAUAAAAUCAGUAAUUCAGACCGUUAAUGCCAACCAGGGUGGUGAACUUGAUGCAAUUGAUGGGAUGACUCCAUUGGACAUGGUUGUCCGAAUUCUCAACAAUCAACUAAGUUCUUUAAUGUGGAUUGAUGAGAAGGCUGAAGAGUUUUCUUCACGUAUUCAAAAGCUUGCUAACCAAGGUUCUGCUGCUGAUCGACAAUUUUUGGGUCUAAGAUUUUGACGUCUUGACCAUGGAUGAUGUGCAUUGCCCUGUGUCUUCUCGAAGUUAGUUUCUGCCUAGUUGAGUUCAUUGUGGAUGAAAAGGCUUUGUCAUCUUUUCUUUUCUUUGCUUCAUAAAUUAAAUGCACAUAUGUAAUUCCUUGAUUAGAAUUGAUAUAUUCUGAUAUCCUGCAAAGGCUUAGCUUGGGAACUGUGCUUGUGAUUUGCAUGCCAUUGUAGCUAUCAGCCUGCAUUUGUUUGAGCCCAACUGCUUCCGAAAGAAUCUUGACUUGGCUUUUAGCCCCAUAUGCACUGGGUGAAAAACCCUUUUGGUUGGAAGAUGGUACUUAUUGAACAGAUUAACCCC